UAUAUUUGUGUUCUGUGACCUAACCUAUACGUUUGUUUUUGUAUAUGUAGAGCCCCACUUUAUUACAUAUUUAUGGUUUUAAUAUUAUAAACACGUUUGAAUUUCCUAAAUGGAGAACUUGGAAUUUAAAGUGGAUCACGGUGAAUCGGAAAACGACCCGAACGAAGGCGAACUGGCCAGCGAAGACGAAAUAAACGCCACAUUUUCAAAAUGCGAGCACGUUUGCGCUCAAAGUGUGGGCCCCAAAUACAUACUACACCUUGCUGCAACGAGUGAUUCUAAUCCCUAUAUAGCGGCAUCCCUCUCAGAUUUUUCUACGGACCUAUUUACGUUGACCGAGAGUAAAAUAGCGAAAAUAACUCGUUUUGAGGAGCACACGAACCGAAUAAUAGGAAACAAAUUCAGCCCCAGGAACAACAAUUUACUUUAUACAGCCUCGAGCGAUGGCAGCAUUAAAGUGUGGGAUCUGCGGGAGGCCAAAGAGUCAGUUUUUACCUUUUCAGACACAACGCGGGCCGAAAACGGCCUUUUGAAGCCUUUAAAUUCAUUUGAUGUGUCUCCAUGCGACAGAUUGUUGGCCGGGGGUACAGAACUGGUCGAAGGGGAUGCUUAUAUUUUGUUUUGGGAUGUGAGGAAGCACAAUUUGCUCGGGGCAUAUUGGGAGAGUCAUACCGAUGAAAUUUCACAGGUUAAAUUCCAUCCAGAGUCUUCGGAUAAGCUCAUGUCUGGCUCUACAGAUGGUUUGAUAAAUAUUUACAAUUUAGAGGAGAGUUCUGAGGAUGAUGCUCUGGAAGAAACUUUAAAUACUGAGUGUGUUGUGGAAGAAUUACAGUGGUUCGAAGAGGGUGGUACUUGGAAGGUCAGCUGCAUAACCUCAAUCAAUGACUUACAACUUUGGGCAACAGAUGGGGCUGAACCAUAUAAAAGUUAUUUGAGAAAACAAAUUGGGGAGAAGAUUAAGACUAAAAGCGAAUACAUUUAUCUGGCAAGGGUUCAUCCAGUGAGAGGGUCAUUGAUGCUCCUGUGUGGUUCGAAUGCCAAUGAGGGAAGUGCAUUCAGGAGUUUAAAAGUGAUGGGAGGAAACAUCGAGAAGGCUUUUCAGUUUAAAGAGAAUAGACAGAGGAUUAGGGCGAGUUGUUUGAAUGAAAAUACCAGCCUAUUUUUAACUGGAGGAGAAAAGGGUCAAUUAGACGUCUGGAAGCCGGAUCUAGAAAUCAUGAACACCAAACGGAAACCCUAAAAAUUAAGUUUACAUGUACAAGGUUAUUUAUAAAUAAAACUAAAACAUUUAAAAACAAA